AUAUCACCACAGAAAAAAUGGCCCAAACCAGCUUGUCUGUACUAGCAGUGACGCUAGCCAUAUACUACACCCUCAUCUCAGCCUCCGCCGCAGCCGCAGCUCCUCUCUCCGCCGCAGCCACCGAGUACCUUCGAGCACACAACCAAGCCAGAGCCGCCGUCGGCGUCCCACCUCUGCAAUGGAGCGAGUCACUCGCCAACGCGACGAGUCGGCUCGUUCGUUACCAGAGGGACAAGAUGGGGUGCAACUUCGCCAACCUGACGAGCGGCAAGUACGGCGGGAACCAGCUCUGGGCGAGCGGACAGGUCGUGACGCCGACCAUGGUGGUGGACACGUGGGUCAAGGAGAAGGAGUUCUACAACCACACAGAUAACACGUGCGUCCCCAACCACCACUGCGGCGUCUACACGCAGGUGGUGUGGCGGAAGUCGCUCGAGCUCGGCUGCGCGCAGGCCACGUGUCCCAAGGACCAGAGCACCUUGUGCGUUUGCUUCUACAAUCCUCCUGGGAAUUAUGUAGGGGAGAGUCCGUACUAGAGGAGUUGAUCGAGUUGAUGAUGAAGCUUAAUGUAAGUAACUAAGUUAAUAAUAAGAGUACGUAUGAAUGGUUCAGACU